AUGUACGUCUAUGUGAUAAACUAUGUCGGCUUCUACAAGAUUGGAUCUGGCCUUCAAGAGACGGUUUUAGGGCGACUGUAUGCUUCGAACAGUUCUAUUAAAGCGACGAGAAAUUGCUUAUUAACGUUCUGUAAUGGUUCUUUGUAUCUACGACGGGGGCAGUCGUCAUGUAUUUCAGUGAUCGACAUUGAUUCGAGAAAUUGCUUAUUAACGUUCUGUAAUGGUUCUUUGUAUCUACGACGGGGGCAGUCGUCAUGUAUUUCAGUGAUCGACAUUGAUUCGUUAAGAGACAUCGGAGAGGUUAUACUGCCGACAGACUGCGUGCAAACCGCCUUGUUUUCGGAUGGUACGUCUUUCUAUCACGCUUCCGUUACCUCACAGUCAACUCUUCACUUAGUGCCUCUAAAUGAUUCAUUCGUGCCGAUUGCUGAACCUAAGUCCCGUCAUGCGGUUCGUCUCACUGAUGUCUCCUUCUGUUGUAUGGGUGACACGAAAUCGUUGCCAUUUCAACUGCCGAUGACCAUACCGAAGUAUUUACAUAGUAAGCGAUCAAGCUGCAGAUCUGCAUCUUGGCAAGGAUAUAGCCUUCCUACAAUCAAGAUCGGGAAAAAUUUAUUACGCCGGAAAUGGAAUCAAGAAACCGGGACGACAUGGAUGGAACUGGUGUUGCCGGAAAGUAUUGUUCAAAUGUCCGUCGGUGCUGAAUACGUGCUGUUCCGAGCCGGUAGUGGUCAUGCUUGGAUUGCAGGCGGCGAUGAUGGACGUAGAGCCGGGAAAUUGAGGCGGCUGACAACGAUCAAUAGGCGAAAAACCCAGUCGAUCAGCAGCGCCGCUGGUAGCUACGGUUAUGUUACCGACAAUGGACGAGUGUACGUUGGUGGACGACAUGGAAUGAGCGUGUAUCCAGAGACAGGUCAAGUUCUUGGUUUGGAUGGAACGCACAUGUCGUCUCUUGCGCUCGGAAAGACGCAUGCAGUAGCGAUAUCGAAGCAAGGCUACGUCUACACUUGGGGAUUGAAUAAUCUGAACCAGUGUGGAAGGGUUGAGCAAGCACCAGUCUCGUCAGUGUCAUCUCGACGCCGUGGAUCAGUCGUGGUUUGCGAACCGUCUGAACAUCUUUUCGUUAAGGAUAUUCCAUCAUACUGUACGCAGUGCGGUUUGUGUUCUGCACGUGGCUCAGCUUGCCCAAUACCGGCUUUCACCAGGAAGAUUGGAACGUGCACUUGUGGGCCGGGAGAAACUCCGUGCUUGAGGUGUGGGCUGUGUCGUUCAUGUGGUGAGUCCACACAACAACGCCCUGCAGGUGACACACCAACUCGCACGCACCUAGCGCCAGCUCGGGUUUCGAUUGUUAAGGCUCAACAGAAUGUGAAGGUCUCCUCUGUCAGUUGUGGCAAUUUCCAUACAAUCCUGCUAGCUGCCGACGGCACUGUGUUCUCAUUCGGUUCAAAUUGUCAUGGUCAGCUGGGAACGGGAGAUGUGAGCAGUAAGACUGAGCCGCAAAUGGUGAGUUAG